AGCUUUGUAAAAGCCCAUACUUAUGCAGGAAGAGAAUCAAACUGAGGAAUCAAGACGCUCGAAUUUAAUUUAGACUUAUCGCUUUUUGUUCAUAUUUCGUGGACACACUAUAAGCUGUAACCUCUUUGUAGGUGGUCAAAUACAUCUUUCUGGAGGAUUUUUUUUAUGUAAAUAAUUGUACUUAUUCAUCUAAAAUGUUAUCCUCCCCGAAAAAGGGAAAGGCCGUCUCAUGAAACUCUGUUCCUCAAAUCGGUUAUUGUCAAAACCCCAAAAAAGGAAUGGAAGUCACGUUCACUUCCCACAAACCCUACACCGGUAACAAUAUGUUCCUUGUCAGAGGGAUUAAUCGAUUUUACAAUGCAAUGCGCGUGACAGGCAUGCGCCCUUCUUGCUAACACCAUCGCUGGUCGGAAACGCAAAAAACAGUCGCCACACAGAGAGAUAGUUUACACCUUCGUGUUGGUUUAUGUGCGCGUAUUCCGCAAGGAGGGUUCGGAUUUUUUGUUCGCGUUGUCUUUUGUAACGCAUCCGAGUGCAUAGGGAGUGGAAAGGUUGCUUUAGGAGCAGGUCCUAACUAAUAGCUAGCGGACGAAAAACAAAAACGCAAACCCAAUAUCAGAAAGGAUUAGCCAUAAGUCUAGUAGAGUACACAAUGCACACAGCUGCUUAGGUUCAAACCUUUUUGUCCUGAUGAUGAUGUUGGACGUGUCAGGAUUUUCGCAACGCCGCUGCGGUAGUGAACAUAUGCGUGUGUAACUAGGAAGUAUGGUAUGGAGUUACUGAGUGUAUCGGUGUUAACGAAUUCAUAUAUCAAGUCGGGAAUUGUAACAACGCUCGAGGAACGCUUCAAAAUCAAACAAACAUCAUUCAACCUUGUUGCGGGUUAGCAGCAGGCUCCGCAAUAGCCGCAAAGGUCCUCCUACAUCAGAUAUCCAUCAUCACCAUCAGUGACAUAGAUAAGAGAAAGAGAGACUGCGUGUGUGUGUGUGUUAUAGUCCAUAAUUGUGCAAAUGAUAUCCUGCAUCCGGGGUGUUAGCUAGAAGCUCCUGUUUUUUUUUUUCGUUGUUGUUGUUGUUGCGUAUAACGUAUGGUACAUUAUCACGGAAGGUGCAAACAAUUCGAUACGUCCACGAUGGAGGAACUCCUGAUGUCCAUAGUGAAGGAAGCGAUAGGGAGCAAGCUGCAAAAUCUCAAACAAGCCGCACAAAUCGCACACGAGAAACUGUCCCGCCAGCAUGGUAUGCACCGGGACCCAUCCUAUGAGCUGCGUUCCGUAUGCUUUACCGCACUGCAAAUGGCGCUCGAGACGAAGCGUCCGAAGUUUAUUACCUACGGGCUGAACGGUUUGCACCGAAUCAUCCGUGACGAGCGGUUUUUCAUUGGGCUAGAACCGGAAGAUGACUCACUGUGGUUGCCGGCCCAGUUACUGCGCGCCACCUCCAGUCUGUCCACCAUCGCGAACGAAGACACGGUGGUGAACGUGUUGCGCUUGAUCCUGGCGAUGGCCUGCUCGCAGACGUGCACCCUUAACGGGCGGCUACUGAUCGAGAUGCUGUCCAAGUGUGGCGAAUGUUGGGAAAAUGGGUCGCGAGCCGUAAAGGCGGCCUCGCUCGCUGCCGGCAGUCAGUGUUUGCGCACCUUCUGCGCCUUCCUGAAGGACGAAGCGGAGGAGAUCAUACGCCUAGAUCCGACCGGUAUCAUCAGCCUCGGGAUGGCGGCCGCCGUAUACAAUGAAGUGAUACCGGUGAUGCAGUGGCUGUGCAGCAAGCUGGUGGAACCUGCGACCGGCAACACGAAAGCGAGCGACAGCGCGAGCAACAGUUCGCUGUACCUUAUGGAGUGUAUACUAACGCUGGUAGUGUCGUUACCGUCGGACGUGCACGCCAAUCCUCACUUCACUGCAUUUUUGUGGCAAAAGUUUUGUCCCACGUUGGCCGCCACAAUGGGUUCGCCGGGGCGUGUGAACAAGGACAAGAAGUUUACUUAUCGUGAUGCAAUACAUCUGAUCGAGAGCGAGAAUCGAGGUUUCUUUACGCGACCAGGGUUGGAUGGUCCACAGGCUCGCUGUAUCUACUUGACAAGCAUCCAGUUGCUGCGGAUAGCGGGUGCGCAAGGUAGUCUUCGACCAAUGCUUGAGGCAUUGUUCCACCGGAUGCUCCUGCUGCCUGUGCCCAGUAACCGGGCGGAACCGUUACGCUAUGCUCGGGAAAUCUUCAAAUCACCCGAGCGGCUUAUCGAUCUAGCCAUUAUCCUCUAUCCGGACAAGUCCCAGAGCAGCAGCGAUGAUAUGGCACUGUUCCGACUGUUAAUUGACGCAAUGGAAGAGUGUGCUGCGGCCUGGCAUCAUGGUAGUGCCUCUGUGUAUGGGGCACUCAGCUCAAGUGUGGAGUGUGUGGUAGCACUGCUAGAAAGCCUACAGGUUCUCUCAUCCGGUAACUUUGACGAGACGCUCAUUGGCGAUCGGAUUGCUGAAGCCGUCAACGAACGCUACGCGGUACUUGCCGAUGCCGAUUACACAGGUCCGCUGACGUAUCAAUCGAUGACCCGAUUGCCGCCACCCUACCGAGACGCUGUAGCAGAACUGCGCCAGAGUGGAUUUGAAUCCUCGUCAGAAUCGGACGCCGAUGGUCCACUGGAGCAGGGCGCAAUCGAUCCGGAGUUGGGCUCGGUUGGGUCCGGUGAUACCGAGGGUCCAGAGGACGAAACCCAUUCGUCCGGUGACGAUGUGUCGUCGAAAACGAGCCAAGGCAACUGGCUGUGGGCACACAUAGACGAUUCGGGCUCGAGUGGCCGUUCGGAUGGGGAUUGUGAUAGACAGCACGCAAGAGAGUUUGCUGCCGUGUUGGCAAGCGAACUGGUGCCGUCUCUACUGCGUCUCAAAACUUCCAUCGAAAUUGAUGAGGCGGUACAGGAGUUUGCUUCGCGCGUCUGUCAACGUAACAGUGCGACACGCGGUGACGGUGAUUACAGCGCGCUCACAGCGCUCAACGCGGACGGUAUCUAUCUGGCGACCUAUUCCGCACUACUUCUCGCACUGCAACUUGUGAGUGGCGGUCACUACGAUGAGGAUGGUGGUGGUGGAUGUAGUGACGGUCAAAAACCGGCCACGAUUCCACUCACAGAGCAGCAGUUUGUCACGUCGGUGCAGAAUUCCGGUAUCUUAGUUUACUUGUCGGCUGCCUGGCUUCGGGAGCUUUACCAGUGCAUCCUGGCGGCAAACCCGUUGCAAGCGUUGAGCGUCACACAGCGUACCGCCGAACAGACGGGCGCCCAUUGUGCGCUGCUCGACAUGCUGCACGAUGCAGGCGGUACCGGUCCAACGCAAAUGCUGUCGGACUGGCAACGGUUACAGUCGGUAGUGCGGAUACACAGUGAGCAGACGGCUAAACAGCGAGCCGCUCGCAAGAUCGCUCGCCGUCUGUUAACCUGCUGCUGGGACUCGAUGGUCGCAGUACUGACGGCAGGACUCGGAGAAGUCGACGGCUCACCAACCGCUCGGCUAGUGAAGCUGUCGAAAAAGACGCUGCGUGUACGCAAGGAAACACGUGGCUCGGGAGAGACAUUGUACGCGUUGAGCCUGGACGGACUGCACGCGGCAGCAACUCUUAGCAAUGCGCUAAGUCUGCAGCAUCUGGCAGGGAAGAUCAUCAAUCUGAUCGCAUCGAACGUGUGCCAGAACGCAGGUCCAAAAAUUCCAGCCAGCCAUGCGCUGUCCAUGGACGUCGUACUGUCGGGUGGACUUGAGCUGGGAUCGCACAGUGCCGACUGCUGGUUACCGGUGUUUUCCGUCUGUCGACAUGUGACCCAGCUGGAACAUGAUCUUUUCAGCUCGCAAAACAACGCCACCAACGUAGGCAAUGCGUCAGGCGUUGGACAAUGCAAGGACUCGUCGGAUCAGCCGUUUGGCAAGAAUGAUGCACAGUCGGAUAGGCAGCAUCUUUCGCUGUACUCUGUCGAUGAGGAUGAAACCUGUGUCGACGUGUACAGCUUUCUGCAAGCGCCGAACACGAACGCCAACAUUAACGUGAUCACCAUACUGAAGGCUUACUCGGGCAACGAUGCGGUCAAUCUAACGCAGACAGACACCGCUAAGAUGCUGUGUGCACUGUCCCACCAAGCGGACGUACUAUUUUCAGAGGCUGCCGAGCGACUAAGCCUGCCUGCUCUGCAGCAGUUCCUGCGCAGCUUGUGCCGGGCAUCAAGGGAACAACUCUAUCGCAGCACAUCGCUCAAGAAGGGCAAAAAGUCCUGGUGGCUUGGACGACCAUGGAAGAUAAAGAAUGAUUCCUUGCCACUGUCACUGUUGCUGCACCGGGUUGGAGAUGUGACGCUUAAGGUUUUCCGUGGUCCUCGCCCAUUGCUGCACGUGCUUAAAGUUUGGGCAAUUACUGGACCACAUCUGAUGGAUGCCGCUUGUCACAAGGAUCGCAGUAUCUCGAAGCGUGCGAUUGAAUACAUCCACGAUAUCAUAACGGCGCUGUUGGUAGAGCAGACUGAGCUGCCACACUUUCACUUUAACGAAGCGCUACUGAAACCGUUUGAAAAUUUGCUUAGCAUGGACUCGUGCGACAUUGACGUGCAGGAUCAAAUCGUGGCCUGUCUGUACGAGAUCGUGGAAGCACACCGUACCGAGAUAAGGUCCGGUUGGAGGCCACUCUUCGGUACGCUGCGUACUGCACGCAAUCGCCCCGUACAUCUAUCAAACAUUAUCGACAUCUUUCGCGUGUUUCUCGAAACGGACAACAUGCUGGUGUUUGCCAAUGCCGGGCUCGAUUGCAUACUGUGUCUGCUGUCGUAUCUGGAGAUAUCCGGAAGUGGACCGACAGCAACCGACCAUGGGCAGUAUCCAACGACCAGCUCGGAAGACAUAUCGCUAACAAUGCGCUCGGGCGACUUUCUAUACGAUGCGCUUAAGUUUCUUGAGCGCUGUGCCUCGAUACUAGACUUUAUGUACAACAUGCCGCAAUGUCCGAACCUGCACUCGACGUACAAAAUCAAGGGCAUUACCUACACGCACAUCAUUGACGCGAACAUUCCCAACUCGAUGGAAAACUUUACGUUCUUUGGACAGGAUUAUCUGCAGAACACGAACGAACAGUGUAUGAUCAGCUAUCGCUCGCUACACAUCGACAAGGAGUCGAUCAGGAAAAUCGACGAACUUGACCGGCCGAGCGGUGUGCUGAAGGUGUGGUUCCUCUUGCUGGAUGGGCUUACCAACUCGCUGAUCGUAUGCCCAAUCGCACACCAGUCACCGAUACUGCAGUCUAUCUUCAAACUGUUCAAAGCGCUCAUGAUUAGCCCGGGCGUAGAAUUUGGAUUCUACUGCAUCAACCACCUGCUGAUACCGAUGAUCCAGGACUGGCUGCGGUACGUGAAUAAGGCGCAGAAAAAUUGGGUGCUGAUCGAGAAAAACUUUAAGCAUUGCUGUUGUAUGACCACUGAUCUGGUGGUAGACUUUCUUGCAAAAUCACAAUCGCUCGAAACGUUGGGCGACCGGGUGGUGAUUGGUAGUGAGUCGUUGCUUGGACACAACUCGCGAUCCUCACCGCCGCCAGCAUCCGCUAGGUCCAACAUGCGAGGGUCAACGGACGGCAAGUACCAGCGGCAAAGCAAAGUACAUGAUGAGGAUCAGGCAGCCGGUAAGGCAUUCGCUACGGCUCGUCUACCCAGCUCGGCCAUACUGGCAUUGAAACAGCUGCUCCUGGUACUGAUCGAAUGUUCGGCCCAAUCGCAGGAAACGAUCGCCAGGGUUGGUGUGUCCUGCAUGAAGCACAUCAUCUUCUCCGCUGGCUACAUGUUCGAUGAGGACCAGUGGGUGAUCAUCGCUUCCGCCAUCCAUCGGGCAAGCACGGUUUCGAUGGCACCUCUGAAGCAGCUCAUAUUUGCGUUCAAUCGCAACUCGAACAGUUUCUACGGUGAUUGCGCGAACGUGAAGGUAGCCGCACGACGGGACAGUACACCCGAAGAACUGCAGCGGAUCCAUUCGUUGGCCCAGCAGGUGUUCCUGAUGGACACCCAGCGAGAUGCGCUUGGCGGGCGUAACCUUGCAGUCCCGCAGGAAGAUCGCUCCUACUCGUUUCUACUAUAUCCACUACAGUGCAACGGAGGUGUUGCUCCGUCGGUGACAACCACCAACGCUGGAUCGGCGACUGGGGUACCCUCAUCGUACGGGCUAGCGGUGGACUGCUACAUAAUACGUAUCCCGUAUCGCAAUUUAAUUGUCGGAAUGCUUGCCAGCCAGAUGUUGUUACAGCUGAUCGCCAACAUCCUGCUCAGCGGUCUAUCCAACGUUCCGAGCGAGCUAAACACCUGCUUCUACAGUAGCGGUGCCGAACCCGGUACCGGUGGUUCAACUACGACUCCGCACAACAAUUCCGGCGGCUCGAAAACACUCUUCUAUCUCGGUCAGAACAGCAAGGAGAUACUGCUGCGUGCGUUGCGCCAGUUUCUGAUCGCUGCUGUCGAGUUUGACACCAGGCCCGGGUUGAAGUUUUUGAUCCAAAAAGUGUCCGGCAUCGACUAUGCGGCCAACCUGUACAAACAGAUGAACUCGUCCUGGAUCAUACACUACAUGGCGCUGGUGGACAUGUAUCUGAACAAUGUGCGCAUACACAACCUCACGGCGGAGGAUGUGCGGUAUCUGCUGAGCUCCUGUUGCGACCAGUACUCGUCCGGUUUGCAAACGUCCAAGGGUGACGAGAAGUGUAUCCACUAUCUGUUUGCGCUGCGUGAUUUGUGGGAAAUGAUUGCGGACCACUUCAUACAGCAUCUCGAGAGUGAUCGGGAGUGUAACUAUAGCCGUGCAAAGUCGUACAAAUAUGCAGACGCUUGUGAGGAGUCGGACAAUCAGUUCGGCGAGACACGGGACGGUAUCGAGCCGGGCAUCGUGUACUUCGCGGAUCAAGCGACUGAAGACGGUAACGAAGGUAUCCGGAAGGUGGCUAGUUAUGAAGGUGAAAUUGUUGGUAUUCCUGGUAGACGGGAACCGCGCGGCCAUCCGCAUCAUCCUUGCUAUGCGCCCAACAGUAGCGGACAAACGGCACAUGACCAGCAGUCGAAAGAAUUUGAACCACUCAACCAACAGCAACCGGAUGUGGUUGAGCAGCCGAAGGUAAGCAAACCGACGCCCAAAGGUGACAGUCAAUCCGGCACAACGCCGACACCGGACGGUGGUGGCGAACGGCAGAAACAAUCGAUACCGCCGGAAAUCGAACAGCAGCGUGCGCUCAGCAUCCAGAAAGACGUGUCGCAUAAAACAUCUGCCUUACGACAGCUUAUCGUCGCUUCGAUUGAGUUGAUCAAGCUUCUGCCGAACGAGCAGUCCGAGUUUCUGCAGCUGCUGCUUACGCCCCGCAUCCGGGAAGCGUUCCACUUUGUCGAAGAGAAGAACCCGUUCCUGUCGCUGGACGCACAGAAUUAAAUGAACCGCAGCCGGGGAAAACAAAGGGGGGAGGGGGAGGAUGGGGAGGGGGAAGGGUAUUGAUGGGAGAUCGGAAGUAAACAAGCAAACAAAACCAUUCCAUCAACCAGGGGAAGGAAUUAAAGCCGCAUACUAUAGGUGCUUCAGCAGAUAACAUUGGAAUUGCUACAUUUUGUGUAUAUAAUACCGCUCAUAUUAUUGUACGGACUUACCAUUCAUGUUGAUUGCCGUCACUCGUGAAAUAUAUUUCUCGACUAUGUGGAACCUACCCAGCAGCACCAGCA